CCACUCUCUAUUUAACCAUCUUGACACAAGCAGCUAGAUCAGUCACAUACACCACAAUGUGUAUUCUCUUCUUCAUUCUCCUCUUAUUCUCAAUCUCAUCUUCCAACAAGCUUUCUUUAGCAGCAACAACAAAAACAACCGAGUUGAACCCGUUUUCUCCUAAAGCAUCUUCGAUUCGUUAUUGGAACAAACACAUCUCCAACACCUUACCUAAAUCUCAGUUUCUCCUUUCUAAAGCUUCUCCACUCACUGCUGUUGACUCGGCUUUCCUUUCCCAACUCGCUGCCCACAACUCACUCUCUUCCCAUUUUGAUUCCUUCUGUUCUCUAGCCAAUUUAUAUUGCUCUUUUGACUCUAAACCACGCAAUGCUGAUAACAAAGAUGCCAACUUUGCUCUUUACUCCAACAAACGCUUUUCGAACUAUGGUGGGUCAAAACUCGGAGGGGCCGACUCGUUCAAGAAUUACUCCAAAGGGUUGAACUCGGUUCAAGACUCGUUUAUAAAGUACAGCCGUGAAGCAACGGGACAUAGCGAAGGAUUCACUAACUAUGGUACUGAUGCAAACGUUGCUAAUGCAACGUUUGGAAACUAUGGCGCUGGUGCAACUGGCGGCUCGGGCGAGUUCAAAAGCUACGAUGACCGAGUCAAUGUACCGGGUCUCAGAUUUACUACAUAUGAUUCUGAUGGAAAUAAUCAUAAGCUGACGUUUACAACUUAUAGCGAGGAUACAAAUUCUGGGUCUCAGUCAUUUACUAGCUACGGGAAGAAAGGAAACGGAGUUCCAGCUGAGUUCGCAGCUUAUAGUGGUGACUCAAAUAUAAUUGAGUCAACAUUUACGGGUUAUGGCGAGUUAGGUAAUGCAGCAAAUGAUAGCUUUACAGGGUACGGUGUUUCAGGCAAUAACCCGCAUAAUAAUUUCAAAAACUACGGCACCGGUGCAAAUUCCGCCGUGGAUAGCUUCUCGAGCUACAGAAAUGGAGCAAAUGUCGGUCAUGACUCGUUCCAGUCGUAUGCUAGGAAUACAAAUGCAGGGAAGGUUAAUUUCGUAAAUUAUGGAAAAACAUUCAACCCUGGAAAUGAUACAUUUAAAGAAUAUGGUAAAGGAUCAAAGGGUAUCACAACCGUUGGUUUCAAAACCUACGGUCCUGAUCGGUCUUUCAAAGAUUAUAUUCAAAAAGGUGUCACUUUUGCUGGUUACACCAACACUACAACGACUAGUGGCAGUUUUGUAAAUAAAAGAUUUGUUGAACCUGGCAAGUUUUUCAGGGAGUCAAUGUUGAAGGAAGGGAAUGUUAUGGCCAUGCCCGACAUUGUAGAUAAAAUGCCCAAAAGGUCAUUUUUGCCCUUAUCAAUUGUCUCUAAAUUACCAUUUUCAUCCUCGAAUCUUACCGAGAUGAAGAAAAUUUUCCAUGCACUAGAGGACUCAGAAACGGAGCGCGUGCUUGUCAACGCGCUAGCCGAAUGCGAGCGAAAAGCUAGCCAGGGUGAGACCAAGCGGUGCGUGGGCUCGUUGGAGGAUAUGAUAGACUUUGCUGUAUCGGUCCUGAGCCGCAAUGUGGUGGUCAGGACCACUGAAAAUGUUGCUGGGUCAAAGAAAAAUGUGCUGAUAGGAAAAGUCAGAGGGAUCAACGGUGGAGAAGUGACUAAAUCGGUGUCGUGUCAUCAAAGUAUGUACCCGUAUUUAUUGUAUUAUUGUCACUCAGUUCCCAGAGUUAGAGUUUAUGAAGCUGAAAUUCUUGAUGCUGAGAGUAAAGAUAAGAUCAAUCGUGGGGUUGCCAUUUGUCAUAUUGACACGUCAGCAUGGAGUCCAGAUCAUGGUGCCUUCGUGGCAUUAGGAUUCAGCCCUGGACUAAUUGAAGUUUGCCAUUGGAUUUUUGAGAAUGAUAUGACGUGGACUAUAGCUGAUUGAGUAGUAGUUGCUUUAGUUGAAAUUUGAUUUUAAUGAAUUCAUGUAAGAGGUGAUUUUGUUUCCUUUUUUUGGAUUUUAAUAUUUAUUUUUCGGUUUUUAAUAUUUA